AUGAGUGCGGUCCAUGAGCAGCGCAAGCCAAAUCCGGUGGCAAAGGCCAACUUCCUUUCCAAAUGGUUCUUUAUCUGGACGCGGGAGAUUCUCGUCAAGGGUAUGCGCCGGAGCCUCGAUCCCUCGGAUCUGUAUGCCCCCGACCCCAGCCUGGAGAGCACCCAGGCGUCCGCCUUCCUGCUCGGCCACUGGGAGCAGGAGCUCAAGCGACCCAAGCCCAACGUCCUGCGCAUGAUCUUUAAGGCCUACGGAUGGAGCUUUGUUCCGGCGAGCAUAGUGUACUCCAUCAUGACCAUUGCAGUGCACACAACGCAACCCUUGAUGCUGGGAGGUUUAGUAUCCUUUUUCUCGGAGAGCACGGGCAAGAUCACGAAACACUCGGCCUACCUGUACGCCAUGGGUGUGGUGCUCUGCUCCCUGAUCUCGGGACUCUUCUUCCAUCCCUUCAUGAAGUACCUGUUCCGAGUGGGUUCCCGUGUCCGGCUGUCCUGCGCGGGUCUUGUCUACCGGAAGUUCCUGCGGGUUUCGGUGGCGGGGGAAAACAGCGGAGUAAGUGGCUAUGCCAUAUCCCUGAUGGCCACCGAUCUGCCCACCUUUAACGAGUCCUUCUACUGCUUCCACGAGCUGUGGCGCGGUCCCCUGGAGGGCGUGGUCUUCGUCUAUAUCAUAUACCAACUGAUUGGAUGGCCGGCAGUGGUGGGCUUGGGAACCAUUAUAGCCUUUAUUCCCCUGCAAGCCUGGGCUGCUCGGGCUAUAGCUAGAUACAAGAGGAGUUCGGCGGAUGUGGGCGAUGAAAGGGUGAAGCUGAUGAACGAGAUCAUCGCAGCGAUGCAGCUCAUCAAGAUGUAUGCUUGGGAGAAGUCGUUUGCCAAACUAAUCGGCAAAGUGAGGAAGGAGGAGAUGGACUCCAUAAAGGGUUCCACCUACAUUUAUGCGGGACUGCAGUGCACCGGCAUGAUCUCCAAAUUGUCCCUCUUCGUUUCCCUGGUGACAUACGUAUUCACCGGUGACAUAGUCACCUCCCAAAAGGUCUUCAUAGUGGCCAGCUACUAUGAUCACCUCAACGACUCCCUGCUGCACUCCUGGCCCCUGGCCAUCAACAUGUGGGUUGAGACCUUUGUGGUGGCCAAUCGGGUAAAGGACUUCCUCUUCCAGCACGAGAAUCCCGCUGAUGGUGGAGUGCACAACUUUAAGGAGGCGGAGGACAACCCGGAGCAUGGUAACUUCCAAGGACGUACUCACAAGCCCAAAGCUGAAGUCAAGAGUAUUACGGUCCACAAGCUCACGGCCAGUUGGGAUCAGGCGGAGCAGGAGAAGCGCCAUCGCCACAUAGAAGAUGUGAGCUUCCAGGCCACGGAUCAACAGUUCGUGGGAAUCGUGGGUACAGUGGGUGCCGGAAAGAGCACUCUGCUCCAGGUGAUCCUGGGGGAACUGGAUAUUAUCAGCGGCAGUGUGGACCUGAAUGGAGUGCUAAGCUAUGCCCCUCAGGAACCCUGGUUACUUCGAGGUAGCCUGCGGGAGAACAUCCUCUUCACGGAGCCCUACGACGAGCAGCGUUACCUAGAGGUCCUGCGGGUCUGUCACCUUGAUAGGGAUUUGGAACAGCUGCCUCUGGGUGAUAACACCAGGGUAGGUGAAGGAGGUGCCAGUCUAAGUGGUGGCCAGAAAGCUCGUGUAAGUCUUGCUCGAGCUGUCUAUCGGAAAGCAGAUAUUUACCUCCUGGACGAUCCUCUAUCCGCCGUCGAUUCGAACAUGAGUAAGGUGCUCUUAGAUCGCUGUCUAAAUGAGUUUCUCUCGGAGAAAAUCCGCAUCCUGGUCACUCAUCGUGUCCAGUUGCUGCGACAUGUGGAUCACUUGGUCCUGCUCGAAGGCGGACGGAUCUCUAUCCAGGGGCAUUAUGAUGCCUUAAAGAAGCUCAUCAGAUUCCGCAUGUCGGUGGCCAAUGAUGUGGAGGUGGCCAAGUUGCGGGCCAUGCGAACGGACAGUGUUUAUGAGGAGCCGGAGCCAAGAAAAUCGCUGUCCCACGAGGAGCACCUCGAUCGCCAUGAGAUUGAACAGCAGUUCAAGGAGCAGCAGCAUAGGGGAUCCGUCAAACUGUCCACCUACAAGGAGUACUUCAAGGUUCUGGGUCAUCCUCUGGUCGUGGUGCUGAUCCUGCUGCUGUUCAUUGUGGCCCGCGCAUCCGAGGCCACCAUGGAUAUCUUUCUCUCCAAGUGGGCAACCUGGGAGGAGACGGAACCCAAUCAGCACGAGCCCAUUCCCGAGUAUCACAGAACCCGCUUGCGCAUGAUGAUCCUCUACACAUUCCUGAUCCUCUGCACCCUCAUCUUCUAUGUGCUCCGCACCUUUGGCUUCUUCAUGAUGACCCUGCGGAUAUCGCUGCGCAUUCAUGACCAACUCUUCCAAGGCAUCAUUCGCGCCUUCAUGCAUUUCUUCACGCUGGCCACCUCGGGAAGGAUUCUGAACCGCUUCUCCAGCGACAUCCUGGCCAUCGAUGUGAACUUGCCGCAGGCUCUGAUGGACUCCAUUGAGUUUGCUGUGAAUGCCUUGGCUGUGCUCGCGGUGGUCAGCACGGCCAACAUUUGGCUUCUCAUCCCGGCCAUCGUGGUGGUCUCCUUGCUGUACGGCUGUCGAUGUCUCUACAUAGGAGCUAGCCGGAGUCUCAAGCGCAUAGAAACUAUCUCUCGCAGUCCCAUCUUCUCCCACACAAACGCCACCUUCAAGGGCCUGGCCACCAUCCGUGCUCUGAAUGGCACCAAGUACAUGGAGCGGGAUUUCCAUUACUACCAGAAUGAGAACACCUCUGCCCUGUACCUCCAUGUGAGCAUCAACAGGGCCUUUGCCUUCUGGACGGAUCUCAUCUGCGUGCUGUACAUCCUGGCGGUGACCUUCAGCUUCCUGCUGUUCGACAAGCACAGGGGCUACUACAGUGGUGACGUUGGUCUGGCCAUCACCCAAUCCAUGAAGCUGGUUCUGAUGUGCCAGGAGGGAAUGCGGCAAACGGUGGAGCUGGAAAACAUGAUGACCAGUGUGGAGCGGGUGAUGGAGUACGUGAACAUACCCUCGGAGCCCGCCUACAAAACCGAGGAGUCGGUUAAUCUGCCCAAGCAGUGGCCCAUUAGUGGGCAACUGGAGUUCCGGGAUCUCCGGCUGCGCUACGGCCCUCGGGGUCCCUACAUCCUGAAGGGUCUCAACUUCACCAUUCGUGGGGAGGAGAAGAUUGGCAUUGUGGGUCACACGGCGGCUGGGAAAUCCUCCAUUGUGCAGGCCCUCUUCCGGCUGGCCAACAUCGAUGGACACAUUUGUAUCGAUGGCUAUGACACAGCCGAACUGGGGCUGCACGAUCUGAGGCGGCGCAUCUCGAUCAUACCACAGGAUCCGGUACUCUUCUCAGGAUCUCUCCGCUUCAACCUCGAUCCCUUCGAGGAGAAGACGGAUGAGGAACUCUGGCUGGCCCUGGAGGCCGUCAAGCUGCGGGAGUUCGUAUCGAAUCUGAAGGAGGGCAUCAACUGCCGGCUCCACGACUGCGGGGCCAACUUCAGCAUGGGCCAGAGGCAGCUGGUCUGCCUGGCCAGAGCCCUCCUGCGCCAGAACAAAAUACUCAUCAUGGACGAGGCCACGGCCAACGUGGAUCCCGAGACGGACAAUCUCAUCCAGGAGGCGAUCCACACCAAGUUCGCGCACUGCACCGUGCUGACCAUCGCCCAUCGCCUGCACACCGUGAUGGACAACGACCGGGUGAUGGUGGUGGACAUGGGCAGGGUGGUGGAGCUGGGGCAUCCCCACGAGCUGCUGCACAACAGGCACGGGUACCUGCACCGCUUCGUGGAGAGGACGGGCGUGGGCACCGCCCAGCACCUGCGCCACCUGGCGGAGCAGAGCUACAGGAAGCGGGUGCUGGGCAGGAAGUCGGAGGACCAGGGCUCGGUGCUCGAGCUGGGCUACAAGGGGACGACCCUGUGAAAGACUGCUGUGGGGGAGGGGGAGGAAAUUGAAUCGAACACCUGGG